AUGGCCAGGCCCGAGAGAUUUAGAAGAGAAUGGCUCGAUCUGGGUAUGCAGGGUGGCACCUUAGCUGACAAGAAUAUCGUUCUAGACGUUCUGAGAGAUAUCAAUGCCGAGAUCAUGCAACAUAACAUGAACAUGAGAGCUACUAAUACCCGCACGCUAAUAAAGCAGAGAAUCCAAGAUGCACUUUCUAGAAUGCCAGCUCCAAUUCAGGAUAUGAAUACUGAUGCCGCUGUCGGUGGAAUUACUAAUUUGCUAAGAGCCUACCGAAUUUGUUUGCACUCACAAGGAGGUACGCAUCUCAUGCCAGGACAUCUCGGAAGAAUAGCAUUGGCGCCUCAAGCAUUUCCCCUGCGUCUUACCGGGCCAUUGCAAGGGGCACAUAGUAUCGAAACUAUAGCUGGUCUUGGACCGUCAGAGUCACGCUCGGUCCUCAAUGCAGCCCCCGGACCGGGGACUUUGGGAGCGAUUGCACCGCCGCAUGGAUUUCAACCAGGAAUACCCAGGCCAUUACCCAAGGAACCUAGUAUUCUACAGUCUUCGUGGCCGAAAUCACCGGUGCUUGUAGCGAUUGAUGAGGCACUGGAUAGGUCAGGACUGCUAAGAGAGUUCCAGCUAGAGACAACGUCCCAGCAACCAGAUGCUGGGCCAUUGAUAGGAUCACCUAUUCUCGGUGUUCUGGUUCCAGGCGGAGAUGAGACAUCAGGACUGUUCGUAACUCCAGAUCGAGAGGAGAUGUUCGCACCGCCAGGGUCAAAGAUGUUUGGAACGAUACAACCACCGCCUAAUUUCCAACCGACCUCUGCGCCGAUAGAGGGAGGCCAAAUCAUGGAAACCUUCUCAAUAAACUUGGAAACCAUUUGGAACCCGCAAUCAGUCAAUCCUGACAUAUUGGAGGCACUGAUGCUACAGCAGCGACCAGAGCACAAAUGGGGACAGCUUUCACCUUUCUGGAGCGAAGCCUUGAGGCCAUUGACAAUGGAAGAUGCACAAGGUUUAAUUGAUUCCUGGACCGAAGAGCAGGAAAGACGACUGGAACGCUUUGUCACGCAUACAACCAGGAUUCGGAAUCAUAUUGUGAAUAACCCGGACACUUAUGAUGGGAUAAUGGCCCUUGGGUUCCAGAAUGAGAGGUAUGAGAUUGUGGCGGGGUGGAGAAGUUGGCUCAAAGAUGCAAAGAAGUGGUAUGUAAUUGAAUGGCACAAAUUAAAAUGGACCUUCGAGGACAUCCAGGAGGAUACUGAAGACGGACAUUACAGACGAAUCGUCUCCGAAGAGCAGCUAAAACAGCGAGCUAGGUUACAGAGACGGGAGGCGAAGCUGAUCGGUAGGUCAGAUUGGGUUGAGCACUUACAUGAUAACCUACCUUCGCGUGAUACCUGGGCGCUCUUGUGUGAAUGGAACGAAAAUGGAUUCGAUUUCAGCAGUCCGCUCACUGUGUACAAUAUUUCGAUGGAUAUUUUACGCGCCUCUGACUCUGCGCUGUUGUGUACUAACUACCUUGGCCAGAUGCUUAGUGACUCGACUGACCCCCUUCAACUGAGCCCGAACGAUAUGUGGCUUAAUACCGCGUACCUCAGUAUCGAGAAGCUCCAGGAGUGCCUGAAUACACAGGGUCAUUUCCAACCAGGUCAAACGCUCUGGUGGAGCCCUAACGUCUUGGGAAGCAGCGAUCUGUUGUUUCAAGAUGGUCAGACACGGCUGGAGGAUUCAAAUACCUUCGUUAUGGCAGUUUCAAAUAGUUUAAGUGGGCCCUGGGCGAGCUUCGCGGGUUCUAGGCCAAAGGUGGGUCGUCAUGGGCCUUUCGAUGAAACGCUGGGAUUAGCGCUGGAGAAGAAGGAGGCCCCCACUUCACAUGCCGGCAGUUGUACACAGCGAUGCCUCAAAGGGGAAGGUGAUUCCACCAUUGCGACUGUGACUGGUGGUCGGGGCCGACUGGUUAUUGGGGUCGACGCCGGACAGGAAGCUUCUCACAAUUCGGAGUUUGUGGGUACGAGAACGAGUACUCGUAUGGCAGUCGAGAUUACAAUUAUUGAGAAAACGAAUCAACCACUUUUUCACGUGCAACUCGGCUUCACCUUCUUCGCCGUCCUUCACAUUCGCCUUCGCCGUCGCCUUCACUCAACCCGCUACGAUCUUCAUCCCCAUCCCCCAACCCGAAGCCUCACCCUAAGCCUGGCGCCCACGUAUAUCCUUCCAUCUCCACCCCAGCAUGCCCCCGCCGUGAUGGACCUUGAAAAGCAGCCCUCCGAGGAUCGCGAUCGGUCUCACCGAGCUACCAGCGUACUGUCCAUGGACGACCUCGAGGCUGCCCAAGCCCUAGAAGGCCUUCGCGCCGAUUUUGGUCACUCUCACCAUUCCCCCAGAGCUCCACGACAACCUCUUCCCGCAUCUCCCGACCCUCCAUCAGCAGAGCCGCUUCUUUCCCUCCUCACUUCCUCUCAUCCCCUCAUCUCCUCCGCCAUCAACGGCUCCGUAUCGGCCUACACCUCCUCCAAGUCCUAUUCCGCCCGAUUCAAGUCCAGCGCCGAGUUUAUCGAGCGCAAUAUCGGUUCUCCCGUCGCAAAUACCGUUGGGACCGUUGGCCGAAAGACUGGCGUCGAAAGUGGUUUGCGCUGGGCGCUCCAACGACGGGAUUCUGGCACCGAGUCUAAACAUACUAGCAAGCGGCGCAAAGUGAAUGGGGAGGCCGUACCGACAACCAUGGAUAUAGAAAAAGGACUAGAUGAAGUGGCUAUUCAGUCGCGGACGCGAAGCUCUUCUGAUAUCUCCAUGGCUGAUACCCUUCCACCUUACGAUGAGAUGAAAUCCCCCCCACUACGAAGAGAAGCCUGGACGACAGAACCCCACCUGGCAGACUUGCAGUAUUGUUUGACAUGGCUUCGCUGGGCGAAUGGCCGACUUGGUCGCUCUAUCGUCGCUCUCCAGAAUGCGAUGACCGAGUGGGAGGCUCAUAAGGCGAGAUUGAAGGAGGAGGCUGAGGCUGGCCAUGCCAAUAGUCCCGAGAACACUUCCCUUCUCAAGCAGCGCAUCCAGGCCGUCAGGGAAGACGUUCUUUCCACCCUCAAGCAAGUUGUCGAUGUCGUCUCCAAGUAUGCCGGAGGCGCAUUGCCCGAGAAUGCGCGCCACCUCGUCCGACGACACUUGACCUCUCUGCCUCACCGAUUCCAGAUGGCUAGCACAUCGCAGCCCCCCGCCGACUCUCCCGCCGCCUCGUCCGAGGCCACUGUUGGUGCUCAUCGUAUUUUGGUAUUGGCAAAUGAAGGACUUGAUAUUCUAGGCCAGGUCAGUGGUGUGGUCAACGACACCCUCGUCAGUGCUGAGCACUGGUGUGAUCGUCUUGGACGGAAACGCCCCGAGCACAAAUCCGCACCGGAUGUGGAAAACCAGAGCCAAGCUCCCACCCCAAAUUCUCAACAAUAUGGGAUGGACAUUAAGCAGCCCAUAAUCACCGAGGCUGUUUCCCAAGAUGAUGUACCGAUCAGCGGAACCGAGAAGGCAUAA